AUGUCUAGCGCGGCUUUCGAAGAGGUCGGGCUGUGCCCGGAGCUCAUCGUCGCCGCCGAUCGCGCGGGGUACGCGCUACCGACGCCCAUUCAAAGCGAAGCCAUUCCUCUGGCCCUGACCGGUGGGGACGUUCUCGCGAGCGCGGAAACCGGGAGCGGGAAGACGUUCGCGUUCGGUGCGCCGACGCUGCAGCUCGUGCACGAAGCGAUCGAUCGCGAGCGCGCGGAUGCGCGCAGGAAAACGACGGAAAAGGCGCGAGACGUGGAAAUUUUGGCCAACUCGGCGCGACGGCGCGGUUUGAGCGCGAACGCUCGAAGCGCGACGUGCGCGGUGGAUUACGAUGCGAACGUCGUGCAGAGCCGAGCGACGCAGAGUUGGGGGGGCGUGCGGGGAAGAUUCGGCGCGGACCCGCGAACGGGGGCGGAACGCGCUUUAAAGGUGUGCUUUGAAGUCGAGGCGCGCGACGAAGGGUUGGCGCGAUGCGGGUACUCGAGUCGGUUCGGCGCGCUGGACGGUCUCGGCGCGGACGCGCACUCGUACGGGUACGGGGGGACGGGGAAGAAAUCGCACAACAAAUCGUUUGAGGAUUACGGGGAGAAGUUUGGUAAGGGCGAUUGCGUGGGAUGCUUGCUAGAUUUAGAAAACGGCGUCGUGACGUUUACGAAAAACGGCAAAGCGCUCGGCGAGGCGUUUCGAUUGAGCGAACAGAGCGCGAAAUGCGACGGGUUGUUCCCGGCGGUGUGCGUGAAAAACGCGGAGUGCGUCGUGCGCUUGGUGGAAAGUGAGUUCAAGUACCCGAUGCCCGAAGGAUACGUCGCGUUCGGAUCGCUGCGAGGCUGCGACGCCGUGGACGGCGACGACGCCUCCGCCGGGGACACGCUCGAAGCGGGCGCGCGUAAGCCGCGCGCGCUGAUUCUCGAACCCGCGCGCGAUUUAGCCGAACAAACGCACGAGUUUUUCGUGAACUUUGCGUCGGAGUUUCGCGAUCCCACGCUCGUGCCCGGGUUGUUCAUCGGCGGCGUGAAGGAGGGACCGCAGCAUCAGCAAUUGCGCGACGGCGUGGACAUCGUCACCGGAACGCCGAUUCGCAUCCUGGAGCUCGCCAUGAACGGUAAGCUCGAUCUCAGCGCGUGUCGUAUCUUCGUCUUGGACGAGGCCGACCGCUUGCUCGACACCGGCAAUCAGGCGCCGAUUUUGAAGCUCUUCGAGCGCAUGCCCAAGCACGCCGAGUCCUCGGCGCAGCGAUUACAGGUGAUGCUCUUUUCCGCCACGUUGCACUCGCCCGAGAUUCGCAAACUCGCCGAUUUUCUCACCGUCAACGCCACGUGGGUAGAUUUGAAAGGUAAGGAGGCGGUGCCCGAGACGGUGCAUCACGCCCUGGUGCUCGUGGACCCAGCAACAGAGGACGUCGAAUCGCUCUCACCCGCGGCGCCGACGGAUCGUCUGCACUCGCUCGCGACAAAGCUCGAGGGCGACGACGCCAUGAGCGAGUCUAUCAAGCGCUUGAAACCGCACAUCGUGCGUAGAAUCAUAGAUGCGCACGAUAUGGAUCAGUGCUUGAUCUUUUGUCGAACGAAUUUCGAUUGCGACAACUUGGAAAAGUUUCUCAACGAAUGCGGCGGAGGGAAGAGAUUCCGGGGGCCGUUGGUCGGCGGCGUCGAAGGAAAGUAUUCGUGCUGUGUCCUCGGAGGUUCGCGCCACAUGGAUGAGCGGCGUCGAAACUUACAAGCGUUUAAAAAUGGUGACGUGAGAUUUCUGAUAUGCACCGAUGUCGCCGCUCGAGGGCUCGACAUUAAGAACCUGCCCUACGUCAUCAACCUGACGUUGCCGGAUCGCAGCGAGGACUACAUCCAUCGCAUCGGCAGAGUAGGUCGGGCGGACACGAUGGGUCUGGCGAUUUCCAUUGUCGCCUCAAGGAACGAGCGAGUGUGGUAUUGCACGAAGAAAGGCUACAAGCCGUGGUUUGAGCCGAAACCUGAAGACGUCAAGCUCACGUCUGACGGCGGACACACGAUUUGGUACGACGAACCCAAACUUUUGAAGGACAUCGAAAAGCGUAUCGGUGCGACCGUGACGCCACUAGGGCCGAAUUACGCGCUACCGGAAGCAUUUGGGAUGCACGGUGGCAAAGACGCGUACGGAAAGGCUCGCGAUGAGAAACCAAACGAAGAGUUGAACGCGCACUUGGAGGCGUACGCGCCGAACGUUCGCGCGUUGGCGGUUUUGGAGACGAAAGUGCAGAGCUCGUUCUGGGAUCUCAAGCGCAAGUUCGCGACGCACGUAGAAUAG